AUGGUCUGCCUUAAGCAACUUUCUCUUACCGCCGUCGUGGCCCUCAGCCUCUCCGAGACAGGGCUUGCAGCGCCUGUUUAUGUUCCCAUCAACGAGCGCGCGCUCGAGGAUCGAGCGAUCAAGAACUUCAUCUCUGGUAUCCGCAAGCAUGGCGGGAGUGCUUGGGACAGCGGAGUUGCGGCAGUGGGCGCGGCCGCGGACUUUAAAAGUGCCUUUUUCCCUCAGCCACAACAGCCUCAGCAAAGAAGCCUUGAGCACCUUGAAGACCGCGGUAUCAAGACCCAGAGGCUCAAGAAAGGUAUUUCUGGUAUCCGCAAGCAUGGCGGGAGUGUUUGGGAUAGCGGCGUUGCGGCCGUGGGUGCGGCCGCGGAUUUCAAGAAUGCCUUUUUCCCCCAGCCCAAACAGCCUCAGCGAAGAAACCUCGAGCACCUCGAAGGCCGCGGUGUUAAGACCCAGAGGUUCAAGAAAGCUGCGUCUUCCUUCGGCAGGAAUACCCCUCAGGCUAUAGAACGCGUCGCUACGGCAGUGUCUACGGUCGCGGAUUUCAAGAAUGCCUUUUUCCCUCACCCACAACAGCCUCAGCGAAGAAGCCUCGAAGAGCUUCAACAGCGCGCUUUUGAGGAUUACAUUAGAGAACUUUACUUUUAG